AUGAACUCGAGUACCUUGAUGGUACUUAUAGUUCUUUGGAGACCCAAGUGUUCCCUUGUUCCAGGGGCAUCCCGAAUGCAACUAAGAGGGGAACGAGGCCACGCAGCCCAGUGGAGUCCCUUGAGACAGCAGUGCGAGACUGAUGAUUGGUCGGCAUCUCCCAUUGCUGAAUCUGGGCCAAUGCAGUUUGCCUACUGUGGAGUGGGCCGUCUCUCGGAUGAGCUCCAUUUCCCCAGAUCCCCGCGACUGACGAGGCCAGUGGCAUCCCCAUGGGGAAUCCCACCACACCUCGAACUCGUUCAAUUCUCUGGCGCAAAGUACCCUUCAGGCAAUAAUCCCGAAUCUCUACUUCCUUGUGUCCGAGAACAUACAAGCUAG